AUGUGUGUGUAUAAGAAGCGCGCACUACGUAUCUUGAGGGCAAACACCCCCAAACACAUCCAAAAACAGCAUUGUUUCUCGGCGCCUCGCGACUGCAUUGGUUCCCCCGCUGGGCUUCAGGUGGACUUCGGUGGAAGCGUUUGGAAUCUCCCGUUGAUCCUGGAUUUCCGGAGCGGCUUGUGGGACGUCCUGUUCUCGUCCAUUUUGCUGAUCGUCAACAUCGGCAUGCAGGCCAUGUUCUCCACGAUCUUGUUCUCAGAGCACUUUGCUGGCGCUGGUGUGGAUGUCGAGGAAGAGCUGGAGCAUGCACGGCUUUGGCGCACGAGCAUCGCCCAUGAUUGGAGGUACAUGGACCUGUCCGAGACCAGCUUAGCCAGCCGCGUGUGCAAGAGUGACGCCGCGCUGAUCCUGUCGACGCCCCAGGCGGAGCUCGUGGACCACAUCAACAGCUUUCUAGGACUCCAGACCGGGGAGUUCAAGCCGGGCUUCCUUCAACCUGGCAUCCUCCUGUGUAUGCUUUGCAUCCUCCACUGGGGCCUUUGUGUGUACAAGGAGUUCCGCAGCAUUUGGUCUACAUUGGAAGCAGUGGCCACCAUCCCCCGGUCCUCACGAACCACAAAAAGCGAGCACUACAUCCAUUCAUUGUCCCUCGCUCGUUUUAUCGUUUUUUUCCUCACCUGCGUGGUGCGCGCGGCCAUCGCAAGCAUCUUGCUGAUGGCCGGAAUCAACUGGCUUGCUCGAACCUCAUCCAUUGAGGAGCUCAUGCUGAACGCUGUAGCCCUCAACGGGAUCAUGGACGUAGAUGAGCUGCUCUUUGCGGCUUUUACACCACUGUCCAUCCAGCACCAACUACAACGCCUGCGGCCCGUGAAGAUGAAGUACACCAGUGGACGCAGUCAGAGAGAAUCGGUGGUUUUAUUCUUCCUGUUACUGGCCACCGUGCUGAUUCCCUAUUUCGUACUCUUGCAGCCCUUGGGCGAUGGGAUGCUCGAGAUCAAGAAGGAGAUGUGUGGUGGGAACUUGACCUUCGUGGUGGGCUACAACCCCGACGUCCAGGAGGUGGUGGGCUAUGUGACCCAAGCGGCACGCAGUACCGAGGAGCAGUCCUUGAGUGAACUUGCGGUGAAUCAGCACAAGUUCCUGAAUCAGCAGGACCAGUUUCAGGGCAAGACAUGUGUUACAGUGUUACAGCUGGGCAUUUUCGCACAAUUACACUCCGAACUAACAUGGUUACGUGGAUGGCCCCGAAAUGGAAGACCAUGA